UCUCUCUAAAAUCAGGAAUGAUCGCAGGAACCCAGCAAGAAACGAAGCUCCGUCUCUGAUCAGACGUCACAGAAUAAAUCAAUCAUGGGUCCCUACGAUGCAUCCAUGAGCAGCAGUGGAAGCAACUCAUCAUCAUCAUCCGCCGGCGAAGCACCGGAUCAGAUUGACGGACUGCUUGCCGGAGCCGGGUACAGGGUCCGGUCAUCGGAGCUCCGACACGUGGCCCAGCGGCUCGAACGCCUCGAGAAUGUCAUGGUCAACGCACCAGCAGAGGUCUCUACCAGCUCUCUGUUUCUUCUUCUCUUCAUCGUUUCACUUGUUGCUUCCAAUCGGCGGCCUCUCUCUCUCUGUCGGCCCUGCAUCGUAAUGGAGGCGGCUGUUGUAACUCUAACGAAUGUUGGUGCUGCUGCUAAUCAGGACAAGGACCAAUCUCAUUCCGAUGUCAAGCUCUUCAACAGAUGGGUCUUUGACGACAUUCAGAUCAGUGACAUGUCUGUAACGGAUUACAUUGCUGUGAAUCCUGUAAAGCACGCAACUUAUGUGCCUCACACAGCUGGAAGGUACUCAGUCAAGGGUUUCAUGAUCACUGUAUCUGCAAAACCCACUUGCUUUGCUUUUUCUCAUCAGCUUCCCACGUGAUCCCACUAACCAAUGCACUUUAAACUCUCUCUCCACUCAAGCACACCCACCAUUUUGCCAACUUUCUAUUAUUAUUAUUAUUAUUAUUAUUAUUAUACAAAACAAAACAACCCCACACUAACAGUCCACUUUUCACAUCUUUAUUUUUAUCAAACCCCUACCUUUAAUUUUUAUUUUAUUUUCUGUUUCUCCUUUCCAUCAUCGCUUGUUCCAACUUUCCACCCUCACAUAUUUUUUUUUUAUUUUUUUAUACUAUAUUAUAUCCCCCUACCAUUUAUUAGCUCACCGAUUCACACGCCUUCUGAUAUUUCAACUCUUUCUUUUAUUUCCUUUCCCCAAAAACAAAAAUAAAUAAAAUAAAAAAAAAAUA